AUGGUCGUGCUAUUGGCACUUGUUCCUACAGUUUUAUUGACAUAUAUCAAUACUGAUUCAUCCCAAUUAACUUUUUUCUGUAUUUCGAUGUUGCUCGCUUCAUUAGCCAGUUUUGGUUCUAUUGGUUUGAUUGCUUGCGGCCUUUUGGGAUUUUCAGCGAAGUUUCCGUCUGAAAUUAUACAAGCAGUAAUGAUUGGUCAGUCUGUGGCUGGGAUCUUAAGUUCGCUGUUGAGCAUUGUUUGCCAAAUGUUAGUAGCUAAUGCACUUGUGAAUGGUCGUUUAUUCUUUGCAAUUGCCUUCAUUUGGACUCUUUUGAGUGUAUUUUUUUACGAAUUAUUGAUUCGGUCGAAAGAAACCGAAUCGUACAGCCUCACCAACCAAUUGUCUGAUCAACAGCUUCUUGAUAGUGUAGAUAACACUUUCGAGGCGGAUGAAUUUUCGCUUCAUUUGCGUUCGGUGGAAACUCAUUCGUUGUGGAAUGAUGCAAAACAAAUAUGGAAAAAAACUAAGACGGAGUGGUGGGCUGGUUUUAUUGUUUUUCUCGGUACUAUGACAGCUUUUCCAGCCAUAUCAUCGUUAGUUCAAACAACUGCGAAAAAUUUGAUUUGGAAAGAUUAUUUUUCAUCUCUCGCAUGCUUCUUAUUAUUCAACUGUGGUGAUGCAUUGGGUCGUUUGGUCGUGAAUUUCGUUAGUCUGAGUGGAAAAACCUUGAUGAUGUUGUCGUUUCUUCGUCUUCUAGCUAUUCCAGUGUUUUUUUUCUGCAAUAUUAAUCCACGUUAUCAUUCUGUCACAUUAUUUCGCAAUGACGAAAUUUUUAUUACAACAAUGAUUCUCUUCUCCACUUCAAAUGGUUUUCUGUUUACAAGAGCAACGAUUAAUGCGACAAGCAAAGUACAUCCUGAGUUACGUGAAUUAGUCGGGAGCAUAUUUGGAUUCAUGGGAGUAAUUUCAACGCUGUGCGGCUCGCUGUUUGGUUUACUACUUGUUAAACUUUUAUGA